UGGCAGCUCCUGAACGUGUGUGUCUUGUGGCAGAGAUCAGGAAGGAAGGAAUUUUCGCAGGACUUUGAUACUUGUGUGUUUUUUGUUAACGCGUACGCACUAUAGUUGUUGAGUUUGUUACUUGUUUGAAGAACUUACGGAAGCAGUUUGUGAUUUUUUUUUGUGAAGGUAGCCGGACUUGUGUGAAGUUAUUAUCGUGAGAUAUUUGGUAGUUGGGAAGGUCUCUGGUUUCAUUCAUUGAAUUUGAAUUCAUUCACGACGAUCGACGAUCAUUCACAGGGGUCUUGCCACAAAAUCGGAGAAACGAUUGGUGGGUGAUAUGUUCUGAAGAACUGCUUGCACCCAAGGCUUCCAUCUAGGAGCGUCCAUAGUUACUGUAGUAGUUGGUUGGUUGAGGUUUAUGGAGUAGAACUCGCGGUUGGGGAAUUGCUGCGGUUUGCAAAGUUCCAAUUACAAACCUGGAUCGCGUGUCGUGUCUCUGAAUAAAAAUCCAUUAAACGGUGCUUUCCGGUGUAUGUGCGCCUGAGCUGCUAGCCAGCACGAUCGAUUUCAGGUGGGCUGGUUGCACCUUUGGCGAGAAGAGGAUCCGAUCGCGAAGAAGAUGAUCGUGGUGCCAUAUGUGUUGGUGGAAUAAUAGGAGGGCAAGAAUAUGAUCGAAGCCGUGUUGAAUAUUCAUGAAAAUUGAUUUUUUUUUACGUAUUCAACCUGUUUUUUGUUGAGCUCUUGUGCACUCUCCGUUCGAUUGUGUUGGCCGUAUCAUGAUAGUGAAUUUAUUCGCGGGCGCACUGGUUGAAGAAGAUUAAGACUUCGGAAAAGUAGUGAGAAUCAACGUGCAACCGGUGAGAACAGUGAACCGAAGUGACAUUUCGCGCGCUCUCACGGAAUGUGUGAAAUUCACGAAAAUAAAGAAAAUCCCACAUUUGUGAUCGAGAAGAAAAAUUACUUACUGUGAAGCGUCUCUGUCGGCUGCCGAAAAAGGGGUGAGAAAAUCGGCAAUAAAACGAAAAUAUUUAUAAAGCGCGGCUUUUCACCGAAAACGAGUUGUGGAAAAAUAGCAACUGGUGGCUUAGUUCGGUAGAUGAUUUAAUGAGAAAGUAAAUUACCACGCGCACCCAGGGGAAGUUAGUGUGAUUCGUGCCGAAUCAGGUUGAAGCGAAGAGAAUUGCCGAAUCGGUGUCCUGGUCCGGUCGUCCGAUCUGUUGACGGAAGCGAUAAAAUUCCGAAUCUUGUCUGUGUUUCGUUUUUACGAGCAUCAUCGGCAAAUCGUGUACUAGUGGAAAGCCAAACACACUGGCAAGUAGUUGUAGGCGGGUUUUGCCGGUCCGGUUCGGGGGUGUUUGCUUCAGUUCGCAACAGCCGCUUGAUGCACGCUGACACGUGAAAACCGUGGGGUCGUGAAAUUCCGCCGGCGCGCGGGCCCCUCACAUCAUCCCCCGUUCUACUAGAUUCGAGUUUGCGGACCCUGGCAGUGACCAUUGCCAGGGUGGUGGUGCUGCUGCUGCUUUUGUUGCUGCGGAACAGGACAACGACCUCUUGCGUCGGUGCACCACGACGAUGACGACCCUCUGGUCUUCGUCCAAAUGUAUAAUCUACACCGUGGUCGGUGCGCUCGUGUUGAUAAUAGUGACGUUAAUAGUGACUUAUAUGCAGCACCAAGGGAGCACCAGUCCACAACCACAUCCGGCGCCUCCUCCCGGGUUGGGGGCAGCCGUGGUUGGGGGUGCAAGUGCGGGAAAUAGUGCUACCGACAGGACAAGUGGGACUACACAGCAGCCGGGUAGUGAUGCAGUGCCGGGUUUAGUGUCGGAAACGCCUCCCGGUGGUGGAGGUGGAGGUGCGGGUGGAGUGGAGAAUACCAGCGGAUUAUCAGAUGCAGAUUCUCCCAUUCUGCGAAGGCCGCAGGACGGCAGUAGCAGCUCCAACGGUUCGCCUUUGAGUGCCGCCGGCGGUAAUGAUACGACGGCAAUGGUCGGGGGAUCGCCAUUGGAUUUCGACGAAGGAAUCCCUCUGUUGCACGAUCCAUCCAAGUCGGAUGUUGUCUACAUCAAACCCACCAAGAUCCUGGCGCAGCUACACGACAACGAUCUGCUGUACGACUCCAAGACGAUGAGUUCCGAAACUACCGGAGCACAUCUCGCACCCAAGUUCCACCGGACGGGACUGUUCCGCAACCGAUCGUCGCGCAUCUGGGAUCCCCAUCCGGAGUACGAGAUCGACGCAUUCGGCCUCAAGAUGCACAUCAAGCUGUCCCACGAUCGCAGCUUUAUGCCUGAAGACAUUAAGGUGACACACAUCUUCUCAUCGAACGAAACACUCCGCAGGCCGGAAGACCACAUGGACCACGACGAGCUGCAGCGGUGCUACUACAAGGGCCGGGUGGUGGGCGAUGACAAGUCCGCCGUCGCCGUUUCGCUCUGCGAGGGAAUUAGAGGACACAUUCGCACCUCGUGGGGCUCAUUCUUCAUCGAACCGUUGCAAAAGUACUCGAACGAGGAUACCAACAUUUGGCACGCGCUCUCCCGGGAACGGGGAGUGGUGGAGAAUGCCGUCGACAGCUUGGAACGGGACGGUCCGACGGCACAGGAUGAUGGCAGUAACUGUGCCGUCGAUACCGAGCAGGAAGAACACGACAAGCAGCUGGAAGACAUUGAACUGACAGACGGAAGCCCGGUCGGUGACGGCGAUGGACAGCGCCACGGUCGCAGCCCAAGGAGCAAGCGAAGCACGGCGCACAUUGCGAACAACGAGUACACAAUCGAGGUGCUGGUGGCGGUGGACAAGAAGAUGCAGGAGUACCACAAGGAUACGCUCAAGUCGUACGUGCUGACGUUGAUGUCGAUCGUUUCCAGCAUUUACGCCGAUGCCAGCAUUGGAAAUUCAAUUAAGAUAGCAGUGGUGCAUAUUUUGUACCUCCACCAGGAUCUGGCCGCGCACAGCACACUGGAUCUCAACGGCAGCAAAGGCGUAUCGGCAUCCGAAAUGUUGCAGGCGUUCUGCCGUAUCAAGCAGGCUUCCAACUUCCACCACGACACAGCAUUUCUACUGACGCGGGAGCAAAUCUGCCGGCAUCAGAUGAAGUGCGACACGCUGGGACUGGCCGAACUGGGAACCAUGUGCAAGCGGUCCUCGUGUGCGAUCGUUCAGGAUAACGGACUGUCGGCGGCGUUUACGAUCGCACACGAACUGGGACAUGUACUGAGCAUGCCCCACGACGACGACGUCCGAUGUGGUCCAUUUAGAGGCGAAGGCAGCGGCAAGCAGAACAUCAUGUCCCGAAUGCUCGAUCAGAACACGCACCCCUGGUCAUGGUCCAACUGUUCCCGGCACUUUGUCACCGAGUACCUGGAGCAAAACCACGGCAGCUGUAUGCUGGACAAACCAAAGACGGACCUCAUCGAGCCAUCCUCCACGCACACGAAGCUAGCCGGCGAGAAGUUCAACAACAACCAACAGUGCGAACUUGUGUUCGGGAACGGGUCCCGCAUCUGCUCCUACAUGCCGGUCUGCGAACGACUGUGGUGUAACAACGGAGACGAACUGCUCGGCUGUCGGACGCAACACAUGCCGUGGGCCGAUGGCACCAGCUGCGGCGAGAACCAGUGGUGCCAGAAGGGCAAGUGUGUCUACGUGAACCGGAAGGCACUGCAACCGCAGGACGGUGGCUGGGGCCAGUGGAGUCCGUUCAGCGAAUGCAGUCGCAGCUGCGGUGCGGGUGUGCAAAUAUCGACGCGAAACUGCGAUUCGCCUCCACCGGCGAACGGGGGCAAAUACUGCACAGGGAUGCGAAUGCAGUACAGAUCUUGCAAUACGGAGGAUUGUCCCGAGAGAACUUUGGACUUCCGGGAGGAGCAAUGUCACGAAUUGGAUGGUAACAACUUUGAAAUACCUGGUCUGGAGAAGGAUGUCAAGUGGAUUCCGAAGUAUGGAGUCAAAGCGGAGGACCAGUGCAAGCUGUACUGUCGGGUUAAGGACUCAAACAACUAUUUUCUUUUGAGAGAUAAGGUGAAGGAUGGUACGCCUUGUACGCAUCCACAUGAGUCGUACGAUAUGUGCAUCAAUGGGCAGUGCAGAAGAGCUGGUUGCGACUAUGUGUUCGACUCGGACGCCACGAUGGACAAGUGCGGAAACUGUCGAGGCACCAACGACACAUGCAGCGAAGUCAGCGGAAAGUUUCCGUUUUCCAAAAUGGCGUACUCGCAGAAGAAGCCUCAGAAGAUUGUCCGGAUACCGCGAGGUGCUACCAAUAUUGUCAUCAUCCAGCCCGGGUAUAAGGAUGAUGGAAAUUAUAUAGCUUUGCGAGACGAGAAUUACGAGUAUAUUUUUAAUCCACCGAAAUCGACGGUGGUGUCCGGAUUCAAAAAGCGGCUUUUUGCCGGAGUCAUGCUUGAGUACAAUGGGCCAGAUGAAGAGGUGGAAACGAUUAGAUCGGACUAUGGUCGACCUGUGAAGCAGGAUUUGAUCGUCGAAGUCAUCUUCUAUGCGAAGAUGCACCCGGUCAGUGAAAACAUUGUCGAAUACAGCUAUACUAUUCCGAUCGACCGUCAAACGGUGGCGGUAUCCAAGAUUCCUUCCCACGUGCAGCAGAAUCCUAGUCAGAACACGAUUCCGAACUACCAGUGGAAGAUGUCCGAUUGGAGCAAAUGUGAUCAAAGUUGUUCCGGUAAGCGGCACCGAACGGCCGGAUGUUUCGAUAUCGAAACAGGCAAAGAGACACCCAUAUCGAACUGUAGGAACAGUGCCAAGCCGAGGGAGGACUACGAACCAUGCAAUACGGAGUGCAAAUUUGAAUGGGAAGCGACCAGUUCGGAGUGUUCAAAUUCUUGUGGUGAAGGCUUCAAGAACGUCCAGUACCAGUGUGUUCAACGGUACAUCAAAACCCAGCAGACCAACCCGGUUGAUCCGGCCUACUGUUCCAACAUUCGUAAGCCGAGCACUUUGGAGAAGUGCCACGGACCAUGCCCGGAUGCAACCUGGUCCUACAGCGAUUGGGAACCGUGUUCGCGAACGUGUGGUGGUGGAAGGCAGAACCGUACCGUCAGCUGUCUGUCGUCUCCGGAAGGUUUCCGGAUAAGCGACGACUUCUGCGCCAAGCAACCGAGAGAGGAAACCUACCGUCGCUGCAACACCGACAACUGCCCCGAGUGGGUCACAGGAGAACUGACACCGUGUUCGGUCACCUGCGGGGAAGGACAACAACGGUAUGCUAUCCACUGUGUACUAAACAAUGUUAGCGUUAAUGCGGCCCUGUGCGGCAUUCGGCCGGUGGCCGUUAUUGUCAACUGUACCAUGCCACCCUGCGAGAAGAAGCAAGACUCCCCUACCUAUGCAUACUCGGCCUAUGAAACGAAGCCCAUCGUCGCUCGGCAGGACAGCAACUACUACUCGGCAUUAAACACACCCAUCACCUACCAGAAUGGGUCCUCCGAUCCCUACAAGUGGUGCACCGGCACCUGGAGUAUUUGCAACGCCAAGUGCAACGGCGGUUUCAAGCGGCGGAAGGUGCAGUGCUGCUACAAGUCCAACGAAUCGACCGUGGACGAUCGCUACUGCCCCGCGGACAACAAGCCCUCGGAACAGACCAACUGCGGUAACUUCCGCUGUCCGGUGUGGAACUUUGGCCAGUGGGGUGAGUGCAAUGACGAUUGCAAGCGCUAUCGUCAGGUGCUAUGUCAAGAUCACCGCGGCAAGGAGAGUAACGAAUGCCCAUUGAACCAGAAACCGCCUGAAGUGGAGUCGUGUUGCCAUUUCAGAUGGAGGAUUACUAACUGGAAGCCUUGUAAUGUGACGUGCGGUGGUGGCGAUGGUUACCGUACCGGCGAACGUGUCUGUAUGCGUCUAUUCCCGAAGUCUGUCGAAAAUCCGCACCCGGUCAAGACCGGCCGUAAGGUCGAUGCCAAGUACUGUGCCCACGCAAAGAUUCCACCGGCCAAGAAGCUGGUCCGCAAAUGCAAAACCUGCCAGUUCCGGUGGGAGGUAUCCCCAUGGUCUAAGUGUUCGGUUGGCUGCGGAGCCGGCCUGGCAACGCGUAAUGUUACCUGUAGCAAUGGGCGCUCCACUGCGCACGUUUGCGACUCCAAGCACAAACCUAGCAACGUGAAGUCAUGUGAAACGCACGGCUUCUGCCGCUGGAGCACCGGACGAUGGAACAGAUGCAAGUGCGACGGAUUCCAACGACGAAGCGUCAAGUGCUACGACGAGUUGACGAAAACGGAAUCGAACCGAUGUCCGGAGCCGAGACCCGGCCAGAAGCGAAAGUGUUCCCCGGCGGCGGACUGCCGCCCGAGGUACAGCAAAACGGUGACCUAUACCUGUCACGACGUCCAGCGGACUCGAAGGACCCGGCUGGACGGGGAAUACACGUUGAAUGUCACAGGCACCCCGGUCAGCAUCUACUGUCACAAUAUGUCAUCGAAUGCGCCGACCGAAUAUCUUACAUUGAAGUCAGGCCUCCUUGAGAACUACGCCAUCUACAUCAACAAGCGGGCAGCCAAUGCGGGUGUAUGUGCUCCGUCCAAGGCCGACUGGGUGGACGAGAGCAUAAGCUACGGAGCGACGCACUACCGCAAGAUUCGACUCAACAUCCACACCCUGCAGGUGCUAGCGGACGAUCACCGAUUUACCGACCGUUCCGGAAAGCCCCAAUCGUUCGGCUCGGCCGGAGAUUGCUACAGCAACACCGGCCAGUGUCCGCAGGGAGACUUUUCGAUCAACCUGGAGAACACUCCCUUCCGGAUACGACCCCGUACCCAGUGGGAAACGAAGGGUCAAAAUGCGGUGCUAAACUUUCUGAUACGGUUAGAGGCACCGUACAAAAAAGUGCGAGCACGUUGCGGCGGUUACUGUGGCACCUGUUCGGUGUCCCGAAGUACAGGACUGUUCCUAGAGCUGGCGUGAAGUUCGCCGAGCCACUUUCCUACUCUCACAAAUUUUUAGCGCUUGAUCCGCCAAGUCGGACACUGCGAACGAAAACAUAUAAGUCGUUAUUUCGGUGCAUUUGCAUUUGUUUAGUGUUUUGACAACUGUGCACAAAAUCGACUAUCCGAGCUGCCACUUGACAAUUAACAAUAAGUAGGAGGUGCCAACUAGUUACACAUACAUCUUAAGUCCAUUUUAUAGCAAAACAAAAUAUUUAUUGAAAAAUCCCUAUAACGACGCCUAAAGCAUUAUUGAUUGAUUGAUUUAUCUUUAUUUAGGAGGCUUUCAGCCUAAGGCUGGUUCGCCUCCAACUAAAGCAUUAUUUUGUUUUUCAGAAUUCGAUAGUUUUGGAAAAGAUUUUUUUUUUUGUUUAUAGUGGAAAAGCGAACCGCACGCCAGCAUUAGGUAGGAUCCAAAAGGACCAAGCGAAAACAAAACAAAUACUAAAGGCAGUGUUGCCAGCCGAAUAGCAACUAAAGACUGACAGGAAAAAAGGUUGAAGCGAACGACUAAUUAACUGCUGAGGCGAUAGCGCAUGCACUGUGUGACACACUAUUUCUCUGGUCCUCGGUCCCAGAUCUGGCUGUCUCUUUGUUCUGUUUUAUUGAGCAAAUUGUGACAGCGCAGCCGCUUUUGAUAUUAUUAAAACCGUAAGAGUAAACUUGUAAUCUCGACUAAUCUUAUUUUGUGUGUGCUUUUCUAACGAUAACGAACGCUUGCGAAAUAUUGUAAAUGGAAUUAGAAAAAGUGUGCCUCAGAAAACGAAAACAGAAAUGUUCAGAAAUACGAUUUGCGAAUUAUACAAAAGUACAAAUUUUCGGAUUUUAACCCACGCAAGGUAGAUCCUGAAUCUCAAAA